UUGGCAGGCCGUGACGUCACCCGAAAGGCGGGGCUUCCUACCCCUGCAUGAAAGCCCGGGAGCCCCCGUCCCCGCCCCCUUCACUUACUCCCUGACAGGAAGAAGCAAGAUGGCGGCGGCUGACGGGGACGACUCUCUGUAUCCCAUUGCCGUACUCAUCGAUGAACUGCGCAAUGAGGACGUGCAGCUGCGACUGAACAGUAUUAAGAAGCUUUCGACUAUCGCUCUGGCCCUGGGGGUGGAGAGGACCCGCAGUGAGCUCCUGCCUUUCCUGACAGAUACCAUCUACGAUGAGGAUGAAGUGCUGCUGGCCUUGGCUGAACAGUUGGGGACCUUUACUACUCUGGUUGGAGGACCAGAGUUUGUCCAUUGCCUGUUGCCUCCCCUAGAGAGCCUGGCCACAGUGGAGGAGACAGUGGUGAGGGACAGAGCGGUGGAAUCCCUCCGGGCCACUUCCCAUGAACACUCUCCUUCGGACCUUGAGGCGCACUUUGUGCCCCUGGUGAAGCGCCUGGCCAGUGGGGACUGGUUCACUUCCCGCACAUCGGCUUGUGGUUUGUUCAGCGUCUGCUAUCCCCGUGUUUCCAGCACAGUCAAAGCCGAACUCAGACAACAUUUCCGUAAUCUCUGCUCGGAUGACACUCCUAUGGUCAGACGAGCCGCUGCUUCUAAACUGGGGGAAUUUGCGAAGGUUUUGGAGCUGGAACACGUGAAGAGUGAAAUAAUCCCCAUGUUCUCCAAUCUUGCAUCAGAUGAGCAGGAUUCCGUGCGCUUACUGGCCGUGGAGGCCUGCGUCAACAUCGCUCAGCUGCUGCCUCAGGAGGAGCUGGAGCCGCUGGUGAUGCCGACUCUGCGCCAGGCCGCUGAGGACAAAUCGUGGAGAGUCCGUUAUAUGGUGGCCGACAAGUUCACUGAGCUCCAGAAAGCUGUAGGCCCCGAAAUCACCAAAACCGACCUGGUCCCUGCUUUCCAAAACCUGAUGAAGGAUUGUGAGGCCGAGGUGCGAGCUGCAGCCUCCCACAAGGUCAAAGAGUUCUGUGAGAACCUGUCCGCUGACUGUCGUGAGAAUGUGAUAAUGACCCAGAUCCUGCCGUGCAUCAAGGAGUUGGUUUCAGAUGCCAACCAGCAUGUGAAGUCUGCCCUGGCCUCAGUCAUCAUGGGCCUGUCUCCUAUCCUGGGGAAGGAAAACACCAUCGAGCAUCUUCUUCCUCUCUUCCUGGCCCAGCUGAAGGAUGAGUGUCCAGAAGUGCGGCUCAACAUCAUCUCCAACCUGGACUGUGUGAACGAGGUUAUCGGCAUCCGGCAGCUCUCCCAGUCUCUCCUGCCGGCCAUCGUGGAGCUGGCGGAAGAUGCCAAGUGGCGCGUGCGUCUGGCCAUUAUAGAGUACAUGCCUCUUCUCGCCGGGCAGCUGGGCGUAGAGUUUUUCGAUGAGAAGUUGAACUCUCUGUGCAUGGCCUGGCUGGUGGAUCAUGUUUAUGCCAUCAGAGAGGCUGCCACAAGCAAUCUGAAGAAGCUGGUGGAGAAGUUUGGUAAGGACUGGGCUCAGGCCACCAUCAUCCCCAAGGUGCUGGCCAUGUCCAAUGACCCAAACUAUCUGCAUCGAAUGACCACGUUAUUCUGUAUCAAUGUUUUGUCUGAGGUUUGCGGGCAGGAAAUCACAACCAAGCACAUGCUGCCCACCGUGGUGCGGAUGGCCGGCGAUGCCGUUGCCAAUGUGCGCUUUAACGUUGCCAAGUCCCUGCAGAAAAUAGGACCCACUUUGGACAACAGCACCUUGCAAAAUGAUGUGAAGCCGGUUCUGGAGAAGUUGACUCAAGACCAAGAUGUAGACGUGAAAUACUUUGCACAGGAAGCACUUACAGUGCUGGCUCUAGCAUGAGAAUCUCCAUCUUCAGACGCCCGUGGUGACACUCCGCCUCCCUUGGGGUGACUACCUGUUAAUUUUCCCACCUGCACGAUUUCCACUCACGUUUGUGCUCGUGACGCCGCAUCGCACCCCACCCUCGGUCCGAUCCCACCUGGCGGUGUCCAGUCUCCCCCCCCCCCCCCCCACAGCCUCCUGGAUCUCUGCUAUUACCUUUCUUAUUUUUUUUUUUUUUUUUUUUUUUUACUUUAAUUGAAUUGUUAGUGGCUGUGGCUUUUAACUCUUUCUAUAUCAG